AUGUCCACUGAUGCAAUAUUUAAUUUGGCUAUAUGUUAUUACAAUGGAAAAGGAACAGAAAAGAAUUUAGAAAAAUCCUUUUAUUGGCAUCAAAAAGCAGCAGAAAAUAGACACACUGAUAAUCAAACAGCCUUCCUGUUAGCCCUAGUUACAGCAAGUAGACCUUCGGACUUAAAGAAGGUGAAUGUUACAACAAUUAAGUCAUCUAGCUCAGGAUACACUUUAGAAUGUAGAGAUCCGAAGGAAUACAAAAUAGUUAGAUCACAUUCAUUGAGUACAUCUAAAUCUUCAGCAAAAAAGCUUUAUGUGGGACAAUAUGAAGAAGAUUCCAUAUAAUGCGUUACAGUGCUUAUUAAAUAGAACCCAAACUUGGAGGGAUCCUAAGAAUAAACAUGUACUAUUUCUGAUCUCGAAGUUACCACAUACACCCGCGGCUACAGAUACCAUCGCUAAUUGGAUUAUAUCAGUGGUAAAGCUUUCUUUUCCGAAUUCGUCUGCAAAAGAUAUUAGAGUACUGUCUGCCUUUUUCUUACAGAACGUAACGUAGGAGGAGACUUGGCAACAAUAUUAGCAUUAGGCAACUGGUCUAGACUUUUUAACAGGGUAGAUGAAGUCAAUGCUCAAAAGGAACCAGGUGUCAACUUCAAUUUUAGAUAACGCUAGAUAAGUUAGGUUAUGAUA